CGAACAGAGUGCAUCGAACGUGAAAGUCACAAAGAGCAUACUUGGCAAUCUUUUAUUAUUAUUUUGUAAUAUUUUAUAUCGUAUUACGUGUUAUAAGUGCCAUUUUCAAAAUAGUGAACAAGACUAACAAUACGUCGCAUUUUUAUUUUUGUAGAAUAUUUGUCCCCAAAAUGUCAAGACGUUUGAGGAGUGCGAAUGUAUUAUUAGGGAGAAUAAAUGAUAUCGAUGCGGAAUGUUCUGAAGAUGAUCAGGAAAUUCUGGAUAUGGAAAAUAACAAUACGGAAAAUUAUGAUCCACUUGAAACAGAUUCGAACACCGAUGAGAACGAAGAGAAUAUUUCGAACGUACAUAGACGACGAAAGAGAAGGAGAUUUUUAGUUAGUUCCGAUAGUGAGAAUGAGGAAGAAGUAAGCGAAAUUGCGAUGCACGGAACUGUUUGGCAGGAAGUAAAAAUAGGGUCUUAUCCUGGAAGAGCACCUGGUCAUAAUAUUUUUAGGGAAACAUCAGGCCCGACUGGGUACAGUAAACGUAAUAUUAUGAAAGGCGAAGUUAGGACGGCAUUUUCUGUGAUAAUUGAUAAGAAUAUAAUCGAACUUAUAAGAAAGUGCACAGAGGCAGAGGCAUUUAGAGUGUUGGGAUAUAAAUGGGAACUGUCUACUGCAAAGUUAUAUGCAUUUUUUGCAAUUCUGUAUGCACGCGGCGCAUAUGAGGCUAAGAAUAUAGAUAUAGCACUUCUAUGGAAUAAAAAGUGGGGCCCGCCUUUUUUCUCAAAUACUAUGAGUAGACAUGACUUUACGGAGAUUAUGAGAUUUAUUCGAUUUGACGACAGAAAUCAACGAAGCCAACGGUUACAAACCGAUAAAUUUGCUAUAAUUUCCGAAGUUUGGUACAAGUUUAUUGACAACAGUCAAAAUUGUUAUAAACCAGGACCAUAUAUUACUAUUGACGAACAAUUGUUUCCAACGAAAGCAAGGUGUAGAUUUACUCAAUACAUGCCCAAUAAACCGGACAAAUUUGGUAUAAAAUUCUGGUUAGCAUCCGAUGUGCGUAGCAAAUAUAUAAUAAACGGCUUUCCAUAUUUGGGAAAAGAUGAAAGUAGAGAACCCUCAGUUCCUCUUGGAGAGUUUGUCACUAUGAAAUUAGCAAAACCGUAUGUAGGAUGUGGAAGAAAUAUAACCACGGACAACUUUUUUACAAGCCUACCUUUAGCAACAAAACUUUUAGCCAGAAAAACUACGAUUGUCGGGACAAUUAGAGCAAAUAGAAAAGAGCUACCAAGACUGGCAAAACUGAAAAAUGACGACAUGGCACUUUUUUCAACCAAACUCUAUCGCUCAAAUAAUUGUAUGUUGACAGUUUACAAAGCCAAACCAAGAAAGAAAGUUCGAAUUCUCAGGUCAAUGCACAACUCCGUACAAAUUGAAAAAAAUGACACCCGAACACCGGAGACAAUUCAAUUAUAUAAUAGCACCAAGUUUGGCGUAGAUGUGACCGACCAAAUGGCCAGAAAUUAUUCGGUAAAAUCUAAAUCUCGGAGAUGGCCUUUACAAGUAUUUUUUAAUAUCUUGGAUUUAGCCGGGAUAAAUGCAUGGGUGUUAUAUAAAGAAACUACGGGAGGAGAAAUUACAAGACAGGAAUUUCUAUUUCAAUUGGCAGAAGAACUUGCCAUCGAAUACCAACAAGAGCUCGGCAAAAAAAAUCAACCAAUACCCAUCGCAAGUACAAGUACAGGUUCUCGUGAACGGAAAACAUGUCAGAUAAGGUAUUGUAAAGAUGAUAAGACGAACAAAAUCUGUCUAAAAUGUAAAAAGUACGUAUGCGGAAAAUGUACAGUUGAGAAGCCCAUUUGUAAAAAAUGCGACGAAAACGAAUAAAAUGUAGAUUAUGUACUCAUGAAUAAAAAAAAAUAUAUUUUUAUACUGGUAAGCUGGCUAUUGGUCUGCAUUCAAUAUUGAAAAAUAUAAGUUGUGAAAGACCGCUCAUUUGACCAGCCGCGGUAGGAAUAGGUAUACGUGAAGUGUCGGUAGGAAUAGUGUUAACUAAAUUAGCCAGAACGCAGGUACUCGUAUUUGCCCUCCCAAACUUUGUCGUAACAACAAGAUGCACAAGGGAGGGUGAAUUGGUUAGAGAGGCACUGGCGUGGAUUUUCCCCCACUCAACGUACCGUUUUGGAUCUCUCUUCAAAAUCAAUAUCCAGAAUUGAGCAUGAAAGCUCUUCGAAGUUUGUUACCAUUUGGCUCCUCUUAUCUCUGCGAAAUUGCAUUUUCUUCAUUGACUGAAAUUAAAUCUAAAAAACGUGAGCGACUUCAGAUGAUUGAUGGAGAGAUGCGAGUGUGUUUGUCCAACUUCGAAACACGAAUAAUGCAAAUUUGUUCCCAGAAACAAGCCCAUCCAUCACAUUAAGCUUAAAAUAAAAAUACGUUCCUUCCUAUUGUACCAAAUAUUAAUUAAUGUACCUAUUUGUAAAACAAUUUUUUAAAAUUAUUUUUAAAUAUACGUUUUCUUCCGAAAAUUCAUUUAGCUUAGUUUGCCGCGGAAAAAAAAUCCCUCAGUUAGCGUGCCGCAGACUAAAAAAGUUUGCGAGACACUGGUCUAGAUUUUCGCUAACUACGAUCCAGUCGUCUAGAUGAACGAAAACUUUCUCUAUCCAAUAAUUUGGCAAUUUCCUCUCCAUAAUAAUCUCCCCUAUUCGUCUUUGAAUUUGUCCAUAAGACAUUGGAAUGUUGAUGGCACUCCUGUCAAACCAUAGGGCAUCCGAACCCCCUCAAGCAAGCCUUUACCUUCAACAACAAAAGCAGUAUAUUCUCGACUCUCUUUUGCCAUUAGUAUUUGAUGAAACGCCUCACUCAUAUCUAAGGUGGAAAUAAUUUUUGCCUGGUAAAAUUGCGAUAAGAUUGACCCCAUUUGUGGUAAAGGGUAUGCUGGCUCUUUCGUUUUUGAUGUGAAACAUCUAUAGGCUCACUAGUAAACCGAAUCGUUGGCGUGGCGACGGGUCGCCACGGUAUACUAAUGUAGGAUCGAAGGUUAGAGUAUUUUGUGAAUUAUUAAAUAACAAUUAUUUUCAUUAAAACUUAUACAGAAAAUAUAAAAGAACACGUGAAAAUGAUUUAAUGAUCUGCUCUGUGUUACUCCUUCGAGAUCUCGCGACGAACUAACUUCUCCACCGAUCUCCCUUCCAAAAAGGCCUGUUGUUUCCUUACUCUAUUUCCCUCUCUUAAAACUAAUUACACAAAGGUCUCACUUGCAAAACUAAGGCAAUCUUUGUCCUAAACAAUGAGUGCAUUCACACUCAGGACCACACUCCUGCACUCCUGACCCUGUUCACGCUUUAAUGCGUCCCACGUUGUACGACCCAAACAUUCGUCGAUAUUUGACACUUAAAUUUCUAAAUACACACUCUUACAAAAAAAACUAAACUAAACUCUCUCAAAACUUAUCGCUCUUUUAUCUAGAACUAAAACACAAUGAUUACAAAAACUCUUAGGUUAUGUGUAGUAGAGUGAACGCCAUACUGAGGUAUACAUAUACAGCGUGUCCCAGAAUUGAACGUGCAGACUUUAAACUUAAGUUGGGGAUGAAAUUCUGGAUCGAAAAGUCCUGAGCGACUUUUUGAUCAGACGCACCCUCUUCAACUCAUUCAGGGUUGAAGCUG